UAGGGACUGAUUGGUUCCAGGAUGUGCCUAGCCUGCAUCGCAUGGCAGAGCCAGACUCCCCACAACCAGGCUCUGCACAUGCAAGGGCGGUAUGUUUGAUUGCUAGUAUGGCUUGAGCCAGGCUGCAUUGAGCUAGUGAUUGGUUGCAUGGAUGCAUGGAAAUUUCAGUGUAAAAUACCUGUCCCGCGCUGGCCGCUGCACGCCGGGAGGCUGGCUCCAGAGAAACGAGCAUAUAUGUAAUCCUAUAUCGCUGAACCAAAAGGGACGCUGCGGGAGCCUCUACGCUGUCCUGCCAAUUGCAUUUCCCCACCUGUCUCCUGCAUGUCCAGUGUUUUGCUUCAUGUGUCCUGCGUGCGCGACGCGUGCCCCAUGUUGAGGUGGCCUGUGUUUUGCUUCCUGUGUCCUGCGUGCGCGACGCGUGCCCCAUGUUGAGGUGGCCUGCUCACUGCUCAUCGCCGUUGCUGCGCUGCGUUCUGCACUUAUCUUUGGCCUUCAUUUUUUUUCCUGGCCCGUUCGUUGCGUCGUCCUUGCCUGUGCGUCGUUUUGGCCUGUUUUCGUUGCUGCUCUCGGCCUAUGGCCUGCAUUAGGACCGCGUACCUCCUACACCACAUCUCGAUCCCGGCUGUGCCUCUCAUCUCCUACCUGUGGGUCAUUUUCUCGGUUGCGUCGCUGGCUACGACGCCCAUCGGCUCCACCGCCGACUACAGGCAUCUUCCUCCUUUCCUUCCUAGGUAAGUUUUUGUUCCUAUGUUUUCGUUAUUCCACUUUGGUGAGUUGUAAGAUUUGUCGGCCUUUCUCCAGCUCUACGUCUUGCUCCCUUCCCUCAUCUCCUCCUCGCCUCCGUGCUGCUCAUUGCUGCCUUCUUUCUGUUCGUUCCUUUCCUUUUUGGUUCGUGGCCUUGGCCGCCGGCGCCCAACAGGGACCCCUCCUCGGUGACGUCGCGAUGCUGCGGGAGGGCGACGGCUUCGGCGCGUGCGUCUGUGGCCUUCGCCACCGGCGCACGAGUGGAGCCCCUCCCAAGUUCCGUCGCGUCGCCGCGGGAGGGCCACGGCCUCGGCGCGCGCCUCUGUGCGACGCCUGGUUCCAUUCACCUGCUCUGUGCUUUGGUCUUCAUGCAUGUGCAGCCUCCACGGUUGUUCCUUCAUGGGGCAUCAUCGUCAGAGACCACUACUGUUCGUUGGUGAUGCGUAUUGACUCAAACGAGAGCCAUGCUAAAAGAAUGUGUUACAAUAGAGUCAAGGCGGCAGCGAGGCAAGAUCGUCUUUGUCGUGCUCCUUUUGGUAUGCCUGUAUUUUCAUUUCCUAAGGAGUAUAUUGAUGUGUUGAAAGCUAGGUAUUCUGAACGGUCUUAUUACGGUGGCCCUGACUAUGUGUGCCAAUAUUGCUUAGUUGUUUUCUGGUACCACGAGAGAAUACAAAAUCAGAGUACAUAUUAUGGUGGCUCGAGGCUUAUUGGAGAUGACACUGAGUGGCCUUUUUUAUUCGAUAAGGCUAUCGCUUGGGCAAGUGCAUAUCAAUUGAGAAAUUUAUUUAUGACUGUCUUAGUGUACCGUGAUGUCAGUAAUGUUAGAGCUUUAUUUGAUCAGUACUGGAAAUAUAUGGCUGAUGACAUUGGUUACCGCCUUCGGAUUGCACUUAAUAACCUAUCAUAUAUAGUGCCUGAUUCUGUGCUGCAAUCGGGCCUUAUGAAAGAGCUCAAUGAUAUGUUCAGCAACAAUGGCCUUUUUCAUAUCAUCCUAUGACCUACCCGUUUAAGGGAUGAACUCCAUGGAUGCCAGUGCUAAUAGACUUAUCAUGGAAGAAAUGUGCUAUGAUAAGCAUGUGUUACUUGCCGAUUCAGUUAAGAUGGCUGCUUCCUUCAAUUCUGAUCAGAGAUCCAUAUAUGACUCUGUUAUUGAUGCUGUUUCCAAGCAUGAAUCAUUUGUUUACUUUGUUUCUGGACAUGGAGGUACUGGGAAGACCUUUUUAUGGAAUGCUAUUUUAGCAACUUUGAGAUCACAUGGUCACAUUGUGCUAGCUGUUGCCUCAUGCGGUUUUGCGUCAUUUCUCCUUCCUGGAGGUCGUACAACCCAUUCAAGGUUGAAAAUACUGCUUGAUAUUCAUGAGAAUAGCCUUGUGGGAUAGGAAGAGGAACUAACUUUGCUGGUUUAUUUCUAAAACUUCUUUGAUUAUAUGGGA